UCGUUUCUCACGACUCAGACAAUCUCUCUCGCCUAAAACACAACAACUUUCAUUUUUCCGACGAAAUGGCGAGGUUCGGUCUGGUUAUAGUCGUGGCUCUUAGUCUCACCAUCUCUAUGUUCCCGGACACAACCACAGCUCAGCUCAAAACCAAUUUCUACGGAAAGGUAUGUCCGAAUGUUGAACAGAUCGUGAGAACAGUCGUCCAACAAAAAGUCAAGCAGACCUUCGUCACCAUCCCAGCUACCCUCCGUCUCUUCUUCCACGAUUGCUUCGUCAAUGGGUGUGAUGCGUCGGUCAUGAUUCAGUCAACGCCUAAGAACAAAGCUGAGAAGGAUCAUCCAGACAAUAUUUCAUUGGCUGGAGAUGGAUUUGACGUUGUGAUCAAAGCCAAGAAAGCUCUUGACGCAAUCCCAAGUUGCAGAAACAAGAUCUCUUGUGCUGAUAUUCUUACUUUAGCCACCCGAGAUGUUGUUGUUGCGGCCGGAGGACCGUCGUACCCGGUGGAACUCGGAAGGUUUGAUGGUUUGGUGUCGACUGCAGCUAGCGUUACUGGAAACUUGCCAGGGCCAAAUGACAAAGUUACAGAACUUAACAAGCUUUUUGCCAAAAACAAACUUACCCAAGAGGACAUGAUCGCUCUUUCAGCGGCUCACACACUUGGAUUCGCCCAUUGUGGCAAAGUGUUCAACAGAAUCUACAACUUUAACCGUACUCACUCCGUUGACCCAACUCUAAACAAAGCCUACGCUAAAGAACUUCAAGCGGCUUGUCCCAAGAAGGUUGACCCAAGAAUCGCCAUCAACAUGGACCCAACCACUCCAAGAAAAUUCGAUAACCUUUACUUCAAGAAUUUGCAACAAGGCAAAGGACUCUUCACUUCCGACCAAGUUCUCUUCACCGAUGGCCGCUCAAGGCCCACCGUUAAUGCUUGGGCCAAGAACUCUGUUGCCUUCAACAAGGCGUUUGUCACCGCUAUGACCAAACUCGGCCGCGUUGGAGUUAAGACUAGACGCAACGGUAACAUCCGUCGCGACUGUGGCGUAUUUAACUAAGAGAGGGAAUCAUAAACAAAACAAAACUGAUUAUCCCUUUUUCUUUUUUGUUGGAUCGAGAUUUGUUUCUUUGAUGAACUCUGAAUUUUUUUCUUGGUGUCUCUGUUUUUGCUUCGUGUAUUUCUGAAAAAAUAUUAACAAUUUUUAUACUUUUUUUUAUUUUGGCUGUAA